ACCGAACCGGAAGAGGCGGGGCUUCCUCCAUGAACGCUUCUGGUGCGUUGGUCAUUCAACAUGGCCGCGGGACCAAUUUCUGAAAGAAACCAAGAUGCCACGGUGUAUGUUGGUGGGUUGGAUGAGAAGGUGUCAGAGCCGUUACUAUGGGAACUGUUCCUGCAGGCUGGUCCUGUGGUAAACACACACAUGCCCAAAGACAGGGUCACUGGUCAACAUCAAGGUUAUGGCUUUGUGGAAUUCCUUAGUGAGGAGGAUGCUGAUUAUGCUAUUAAAAUAAUGAAUAUGAUAAAGCUUUAUGGCAAACCUAUUCGCGUCAACAAGGCCUCGGCACACAACAAAAACUUGGAUGUGGGCGCAAACAUCUUCAUCGGUAACCUGGACCCAGAAAUCGACGAGAAACUGCUCUACGACACGUUUAGCGCCUUCGGUGUGAUUCUCCAAACGCCAAAGAUCAUGAGAGACCCGGACACGGGCAACUCCAAGGGCUACGCUUUCAUCAACUUCGCCAGUUUUGAUGCCUCUGACGCCGCCAUCGAGGCCAUGAACGGCCAGUACCUCUGUAACCGACCCAUCACCGUGUCGUACGCCUUCAAGAAAGAUUCUAAAGGCGAGCGCCAUGGCUCCGCUGCAGAACGGCUCCUGGCCGCGCAGAACCCGCUGUCCCAGGCGGAUAGGCCCCACCAGCUGUUCGCUGAUGCUCCUCCACCUCCUUCUAUUCCAACGCCAGUCCUGACCACACUAGGAGCUGGAAUUCCUAUUCCUGGCAUGGGAGGUCUGCCACCUCCUGGUGCAUUCCCUCCUGUUCCUCCCCCUGGAUCUAUUCCUCCAUCAAUGCCCCCUUCUAUGGGGAUGCCUCCAUCAGCAGGUGCCCCACAGGGUGUGGGUGGUGGGCCACCACCCUUCCCACCUGGAAGUAUGCAUCCAGGUAUGCCUCAGAUGCCCAUGCCUCCUCCGGCUCCGCCCGGCAUGGUUCCGCCGCCUCCCGCUCCACCAGGAUCAGGUCAACGCCCUCAACCGCCCCCCAACCUCCCCCCACCGCCAAUGGGCAUGCCUCCCAGAGCACCAUAUGGACCCCCCAUGGGUCCCCCGGUGCCUCCAGGUAUGAGAGGCCCUCCUCCCCCCAUGCCUCCACCCGGCUACGGCGCUGCUCCUCCCGGUCCUCCUCGUCCACCUCCCUUUGGAAUGCAGAGACCCCCAAUGCCCCCACGGCCUCCAGGUGCCCCUCCGAUGAGGGCACCAAUGCCACCAUAAUCUCAUUCUGCAGAAACUGGCUUUCAUUUGUCCCUUUUUUUUUUUAAAGUGUUAACAUUUCCUAGCUUUAGUUUUAACUAUGGAUUAAAUUGUUUUUGGUUUUUGCUCAUUUGUACAGGAAAACAUUUGCCCAAUAAAACUUUUAAUACAG